CCACCUUCCUGGAAUGCAGCAAGCAUGCUCGAUGAUGAACCCGGAACUGGUUAAGCUUUGGAUGCGUCUGGUGUUUCAAGCAGCAAAUUGGUCAGAGAAAAGAAUCGUGAGUCUUCUACUGACUUCCUGGCUCUGGCCUCAUGAUGGCCCAAUGUUCUUCAAUGCUUCAGCUGUACAACGUCGGUUUGAGACGUUGCGCAGCUCUUUCCACUCAUUUCCCACACACUUCACCAAAGACACGCGCACCUUUUGCAAACUCUUACUCCACGGACAUCAAGGUGCGUUCCUACUUCCAAUACCUUAAACACAAGAUGAUAUCCCCUCCCAGUCCUCCCUACCAUCAUGUAUGUCAAGUGGGGGACCCGGUGCUGCGAUCAAAAGCUGUAGCAGUUGACCCAGCAGCUAUUAAAGGACCUGAGGUCCAGAAGGUAAUAAACACACUGGUCAAAGUCAUGCGUAAAUUUGAGUGUGUUGGCAUUAGCGCUCCUCAGAUCGGGGUGCCACUUAGAAUCCUGGCCUUGGAGUAUCCGCAGAAGCUUUUGGAUGAGAGUUCGCCCGUGUCUCGAAAAGUUCGUGGACUCUCUGUCCAGCCAUUGAGAAUAUUUGUCAACCCUCAGAUGAGGGUGCUGGAUUGGCAGACAGUGCUAUUUCAAGAAGCCUGCGAGAGCCUCUGUGGUUUUUCUGCCACAGUUCCACGUUACCUUUCAGUAGAAGUAUCAGGUCUGAAUGAAAACGGAGAAGAUACAACUUGGCAGGGCAGCGGUUGGCCAGCUCGAAUCCUCCAGCACGAGAUGGACCACUUGAAUGGGGUGCUUUACAUUGAUCACAUGGACAGCAAGACUUUCAUCAAUAUCCACUGGCAGGCAUACAAUGAAUAGAAAAGACCACAACUCCGAUCAUGCGUACAUUAAAGAAAAACCUAGUGGGAGAACAGUAAAACUACAAAUACAACACAAGGCAAGGUCUACAGAGCUCGUCCCACCAAUCAAUUCCGGUGCUCGUCAAACGAGAGAGGAUAAAAGAGAUUUUAGGUAAAGUCUGGCUGUUAGCUUUCUUUGAAAAGUGAUACAUUUCAAAUUGAAAGUGUGUGUCGGACGAUCAUCCACCCAUUCAAUAUUUGAACGUUUGAAAGUUAAUUGAUGGUUACAAGUUUGAUGCGCAUGCAGGAAUCUGUGUCAGUGCCUUGCUGGUUUGCAAUACAGUGUUUGCAAUCUUU